AACAGCUAGUCCCAAGUCUGCUGAGGCCAGCUGUUACAUGAGGGCGUGAGAUGGCAGGGCGGUGGUUGCUGCCUAGGCUUUAACUGUGUGUGUGUGUGUGUGUGUGUGUGUGUGUGUGUGUGUGUGUGUGUGUGUGUGUGUGUGUACACGAGCAUGCAGGGGUUGAGGGCAUGCUUGCUAGAGAUGCUGAGAGGAUACUGAGGGGUGGGAGUGCAGGAAAUGCUCAUGGGUCAUAAGUCCCUAGUCCACAGCACUUAAGAGGAGCAAACGGGUUUUUUUGUAACUAUCCUGUUCCCUGUCAUCACCAUCAGUGGUAACCUCCGUGCCCUAUUAGCCUGCAGCAAGCAAGAGCAGAAUGAGACAUUUGGCAACAGAUGCCAGAAGCGCCCUUGGACUGUCACCUGAUUCUGGAGAACGGCUUGCAGUCUGAAGGCGGCACACUGCAAGUCAGAGAGCAGCAGGUAAACAGUGGAAGGACCCCACAACCACAGCCCACAAGGAGCCAUGAUGGGGCCCUUUGGAUCCCUUUGUUUGGCCUGGGCUUUGCUAGGAGUGGCCAGAGCGUGUCCCGAGCCUUGUGCCUGUGUUGACAAGUACGCCCACCAGUUUGCAGACUGUGCCUACAAGGAGCUGCGCGAGGUCCCAGAAGGACUGCCAGCCAACGUGACCACGCUUAGUCUGUCUGCCAACAAGAUUACGGUGCUAAGGCGGGGGGCCUUCGUCAACGUCACGCAGGUCACUUCGCUGUGGCUGGCUCACAGUGAGGUGCGCACCGUAGAGUCAGGGGCAUUGGCAGUGCUGAGUCAGCUCAAGAACCUCGACCUAAGCCACAACCUCAUAUCCAACUUCCCUUGGAGCGACCUUCGUAACCUGAGCGCGCUGCAGCUGCUGAAAAUGAACCACAACCGCCUGGGAUCGCUGCCCCGGGAUGCACUCGGCGCGCUCCCGGACCUGCGCUCUCUGCGCAUCAACAACAACCGGCUGCGUACCCUGGAGCCCGGCACGUUCGACGCUCUAAGCGCGCUGUCUCACCUGCAACUCUAUCACAACCCCUUCCACUGCAGCUGUGGUCUCGUGUGGCUUCAGGCCUGGGCGGCGAGCACCCGGGUCUCCUUACCAGAGCCUGAUUCCAUAGCGUGCGCCUCGCCCCCUGAACUCCAGGGCGUGCCAGUGCACCGUCUGCCAGCCCUGCCCUGCGCACCGCCCAGCGUGCGUCUGAGCGCAGAACCGCCGCCUGAGGCUCCUGGCACCCCUCUGCGCGCAGGCUUGUCUUUCUUGUUACACUGCGUCGCCGAAGGCCACCCCACACCCCGCCUGCAAUGGCAACUUCAGAUCCCUGGUGGCACUGUAGUCUUAGUGCCACCGGUUCUCAGCAAGGAAGAAGAUGGAGGAGAAAAAGUAGAUGAUGGGGAGGGUGACGGAGAUGAGGACCAGCCUACGCAAACUGAAGCGCCAACCCCCACUCCAGCACCUGCUUGGCCAGCGCCUCCAGCCACCCCGCGCUUCUUGGCCCUCGCAAAUGGCUCUCUGUUGGUGCCCCUCCUGAGUGCCAAGGAGGCAGGCAUCUACACUUGUCGUGCACACAAUGAGCUGGGCACCAACUCAACGUCCUUACGGGUGACGGUGGCUGCAGCGGGGCCGCCAAAACACGCUCCUGGAACAGGGGAAGAACCUGAUGCACAGGCCCCGACCUCUGAGCGCAAGGCCACCACUAAGGGCCGUAGCAACAGUGUCCUGCCCUUCAAACCUGAAGGCAAAACCAAAGGUCAAGGUCUGGCCCGAGUCAGCAUCCUCGGGGAAACGGAGGCAGAGUUGGAGGAGACAGAUGAAGAAGAGCAGAUGGGAGGUCAGAUCCCUGCAGAUCCGAUGGGGGAGAAGCACUGUGGCCAUGGGGACCCCUCUCGCUAUGUGUCUAACCAUGCAUUCAACCAGAGCUCAGAUCUCAAGCCGCACGUUUUUGAGUUGGGCGUAAUCGCGCUGGACGUAGCAGAGCGUGAGGCUCGGGUGCAGCUGACGCCACUUGCUGCGCGCUGGGGCCCUGGACCAGAUGGUGCUAGCGGAGCGCGGCGGCCCGGGAGGCGGCCACUGCGCCUACUCUAUCUGUGUCCUGCGGGAGGUGGCACAGCGGUUCAGUGGUCACGAGUGGAGGAGGGGGUCAAUGCCUACUGGUUUCGCGGCCUGCGGCCUGGCACCAACUACUCCGUAUGCCUGGCACUGGCGGGCGAGGCGUGCCACGUGCAAGUGGUGUUUUCCACCAAGAAAGAGCUGCCAUCCCUGCUGGUUAUCGUAACCGUGAGCGUUUUUCUCCUGGUGCUGGCCACCGUGCCCCUGCUGGGUGCCGCCUGCUGCCAUCUACUGGCCAAACACCCGGGCAAACCAUAUCGUUUAAUCCUGAGGCCACAGGCCCCGGACCCUAUGGAGAAACGCAUCGCUGCUGAUUUCGACCCGCGUGCCUCCUACCUCGAGUCUGAGAAAAGCUACCCCGCCCGUGGCGAGGCGGGAGGUGAGGAGCCAGAGGAGGUCCCGGAAGAAGGCCUUGAUGAAGAUGUGGAGCAGGGCGACCCAAGUGGGGACCUUCAGAGAGAGGAAAGCCUGGCAGCUUGCUCAUUGGCGGAGUCUCAGUCCAAAGCCAACCAAGAGGAGUUCGAGGCUGGUUCUGAGUACAGCGAUCGGCUGCCCCUGGGAGCGGAAGCAGUCAACAUCGCCCAGGAGAUAAACGGCAACUACAGGCAGACAGCGGGCUGAGCCCCCAGCACGGCUGGCCUGCCCACCCCCACCUUGGGUACCUCGUAGCCUAGGGAUGGCAGGACUUUACUACCCCACAGGACCCCGCCCCACCCCCAAGCCUUUAGUUACUCUGCCUCCUUAGCCCUCCCCAGGGGUCACUACUAGGGGUUUCUAGGAGUGGGCCGAAUUCAAAGGUCAUUCUCUUGGCGGGCUUGAAUCCCCAUCCCUACCCAAAGCACAGAGUCAGGCUCCUACCUCCUCUAAGACACCACCCAAGGGCGUGGAGAAACCAUCUUCACUUUCCAUUCCACCACGACGGACAGCGAAACCCAUCGCGCACCCCAUCCGGUGGAACUUGGAGGCAAGGGGAACGUGCCACGCCAGUUGUUGGCCACAUCUGGUGAUAAUAAUGGGUUGGUCCCGCGUUUGUCCGGGAUCCCCAGGACAGGUCUCUAGUGUGGAGCACUGUGGCUCUCACCUUGAUCCUACUCUGCCUUUUCAAGGUUGCAUGUGCCCGCUAAUUUUUACUCUCAAAGCUCCUUUCCUAUAAUGAUCCAAAUCUGCGCGUCCCCCCAUCCCUAGUUGGAGCCAAGCUGGGUUCCUGGUAGGCCUUUCAACUCAGCGCACUGAUUUUCUUAUUUUCGUUGUUUUUUUUUAAAAAAAAAAAAAACAGCGAAAUUUCUGGGUCUGGUGCUAAUACCCCCUUCCCACCUUCUGGGAAAUCGGGUGCGAGUGUGUGGGGUGUGAGUUUGUCAGGUGUGAGAGUCGGAAUCUGUUUUCUUCCGGCUCUCUCCUAAUGUCAAGCGCUCCGGGAUUGCGCACCCCUUUUCCUCAAAGAGCGCGUCCUUGGUUCCCGGGCCAGUUUCGUUGUCAUCGUGUUGCAGAUGCCAGAGGUUGGUGCGUGCCACAGUGGCUCUUGCUACUCCAUGGGGUCCAGACCCCAGCAGGAGCGUGCUGGGGACGCAGGGAGCUGUGACUCCCCGGGCGCAUCUUACGAGCAGGCCUGCCUCAGGCCUGAGCGAGGCAGCAGCUGAGUGCGAAGUCGGGGAGGGACACCCUAGUUCCCCGCGUCGCUCCUCCUCCCAGGAAAAUAGAGUUUGCCCAGCGUGUAGUCCCCGCUGAGCGUGGGCUAUAGACUUCUGUGUCCUGUAAAGUGUGACAGUAUAGUGUAGGGGGGCGGAGGGGAGGGAGCGGGCGGGCAGGUGGACGAGGAAGGAGGGAGGGAGAGGGCGGGAGCGGCGAGGGGACUACGUGGAGUCAGGUUUUAGUUCUUUUAGGAAAACGUCUGGGGGAGGGUUUUAGGCGUCUGGACCAAGACUCUGGCUCUGGUCGAAGUGCAGCACAAGCGUGGGUGGCCCGGGGAGGAGUUGACCCCGGAGCCCACGUCCUUUUCUAAAUGCUUCUGUAUGUAAACUGUCAAUAAAAUAAUCGAUUUGAA